AUGAAACAAUUUAAUAAAAUUAUGAAAAAAGAAUUAAUAUUAACGCUAUUUAGUAAAUUUGUACAAAAGCAAGGUAAAUAUACAAAAUCUAAAAAACUUAUAAUAAACAUAAGUGAUAGUCUUAGUUUAAUUUCGUCAUUAGAUAUAAAUUUUACAUCUAUACUAGAGUAUAUGAUAUAUAAAUUAAAUUUACCUAUAAUAAUGAUAGAUAAUAAAGUACAUAAGCUUAAAUAUUAUUUUUUAGUUAUGGCUCCUUUAAAAUAUAUUAAAAAAUAUAUAUAUUCAUAUUUUUUAAAAGCUGUUAACUCAAAAAAAAAAUUACCUUUUAAGCAUAAUUUCAUACUAGAGCUAAAUAAUGUUUUAAAUGAUUCUAGUUCUGUAGUAGAAUACAAGGAAGAAGUAUUAGGAGUAUUUGAAGAUACAAAUGCUAGUGUAAGAACAAACAAAACUAAAAAUUUAAAAACUUGCGAAAUAAGCAAUAAUUUUAUGUACGCUAAUUUAAAAUUAAAACACGUUAAUCGUCGUUAUAAUAAUAAAAACUAUUAUAAACUUAUAAAACAAUACGGCCUGCCAAAUAAAUUUAGUAAUACUAAAGUUAAUUACAACCGUAAACAAACAAAUUAUUUAUUAAAAAAUGUUAUAUAA